AUGGAGAUUGAUCAAAGCACUUCCAAUACCAACGACAACAACCAGGCCUCGUCAAAAUCGCCAGAAAAUCCGCCAUCAUCGGGAUCCACUCCGCAAUCGGGACAAGCAGCGACACCCGCGGUAGAUGGACCUACAAACACGACGACAGCGACUACGACGACAACAGCUGAUACACAACAACAGCAGGAACCAGGACGAGUCAUUGUCGCCGAAACUGGAACUCUUGCGCCUAACGCUGGUACUGCUACUGCUGGUGCUACUGGUGGUGCUUCUAGUCCUGACGGCACGGGUGAAAGUGAUACGCUUGAUGAUACCGUUCAUAGAGCUUCGGCAACUACCGACGAACAAGAACUGUACCCUAUUGCAGUUCUCGUGGAUGAACUUAAAAAUGAGGAUGUGCAGCAUCGCCUCAACGCCAUUCAGAAUUUGGGCACCAUUGCCAUGGCUUUGGGUCCACAGAGAGCUCGAGAUGAACUUAUUCCUUUUUUGAAUGAUUCGAUUGAUGAUGAAGACGAAGUUCUUUUGGCAGUAGCAAACGAGCUUGCAGGAUUCUCGGAAUAUGUUGGUGGUCCUAAAUACGCGCAUUAUCUCUUGAAUCCACUGGAGAAUUUGGCAGCGGUAGAGGAAGUGUUGGUCAGAGAUAAGGCAGUAGAGUCUCUUUGCAAGAUCGCUGCAGUGUUGAGCCCGAACCAAGUCGAGCACUAUUACAUCCCGCUAGUGAAGCGAUUGACAAGCGGUGAAUGGUUCACCAGUCGUAUAUCUGCCACGGGGCUCUAUGCCGCAUCCUAUCCGAAAUGCAGUAAUGAGCAAAAGACCGAACUUAGGAGUCUUUAUGCGCAGUUGAUUCAGGAUGACACGCCCAUGGUCAGAAGAGCAGCUGCAAAGUCAUUGGGAGAAUUCGCAAAGCAAUUGGACAAGGACCACCUCACAGCCAACAUCAUGCCUUUGUUUACCAAACUCACGAAUGACGAUCAAGACACCGUGCGCUUGUUGACUGUAGAAGAUUUGGUUCAAAUAUCGCGCAUACUUUCGACCGAGGAAAACAAAACAAUACUGCUGCCUAUUCUGAAAUCGCUGGGACAGGACAAGUCAUGGAGAGUGCGAUACAUGGUUGCUUCCAACUUUGCUCAGUUGUCCGAAUCAUUCGGCGAAGCCAUUACUAGAGAAGAGUUAGUCAACUUGUUCGUCAGUCUUAUCAAGGAUAGUGAAGGAGAAGUUAAGGUGGUUACAAUCGGACAGGCUUCAGCCUUUGGAAAGAUGAUCGACGAACUGACCGUUCUCGAUAAACUCCUUCCAUGCGUAAAGGAUCUUGUUAUUGACACAAAUCAACACGUCCGUGCUGCUGUGGCAACAAACAUUAGCGGAUUGGCUCCAAUUCUUGGCAGAGACCUUACCAUCGAAUACCUGCUGCCACUAUUCCUUCAGCUUCUUAAAGACGAUUGCCCUGAUGUCCGGUUGAAUAUUAUUUCCAAGUUGGAGAACGUAAAUCAAGUUAUUGGCGUUGACAGACUUCCACAAUCGCUUCUUCCAGCCAUUGUCGACCUAGCAGAAGAUAAACAGUGGCGUGUGCGACUUGCUAUCAUUGAAUAUAUACCACUUUUGGCAUCGCAGAUGGGCAUGGGUUUCUUUGACGUGAAGCUGCUCAACCUGUGCAUGUCCUGGCUCGGUGACGCAGUGUUCUCUAUCCGGGAUGCAGCAACUACAAACUUACGGCAACUUGUUGAGAUCUUUGGCUCUGAAUGGGCCAAGGAAACCGUCAUACCUCAAGUGAUGAAGAUGGCCCAGAACGAAAACUACUUGUAUCGCAUGACAACUCUUUUUGCUCUUACGACAAUGGCAUCAUCCCUCACACCUGAAAUCGUCAAAGAAAGCGUAUUGCCUACGGUGUUAGGGCUGAAGGACGAUACCAUCCCCAAUGUCCGCUUCAAUGUAGCCAAGUCUUUGGAAGUUCUUGCAUCUAUCCUGAAACACGACAAAGCAAGUGCCGAAUUAAUCGCAUCUCAGGUCGCACCGGCGUUACAGAAGCUUAGUGAUGAUUCAGACGUCGAUGUCAAGUGGUUUGCCAACAAAGCGCUUCUCUCAGGUACGAAUACUGGUUCAUUUUGUUAUUACUUUUAA